UUUUUUUUUUUUAUUCGUCUUUUUUCUUCUUCUUCUUCUUUGAUAUCAUGACUUCACCCAAGAAAAAUAGACGAUUUUCCACGUCUGAAUCACCUCAACAACGACGUUCUUCACAACAACAACAACAACAACAAUCAGCUCCUCCAAUGGUUCCACUUCCUCCACCUCUUGUACCAUACCAUCCACAUUCGACUAUUCCUGGUCAUCCUCAUAUGGUGCCUGUCAUGUCAUACCCAAUCUAUCAUCCUCAUUCACAACCGCAGUAUUAUAUUUCUUUGGCGUCUCCUCCUAAUGCUUUUACUACAACAGGACAACCACCACCAUCAACAGUUUGUGGAGAUUCAACUUCAGAAGGACCAACAACAACAACAACAACAACGAAAACAACAGCAGUAUCUACAACAUCACCAAGAUAUGAACGUAUUCUACCAAAAAGACCAUCCGAUGCUACACCAGCCAUUCUACAUUCUCCUACCCCUUCUCCAUCUGGACCACAUCCAUAUGGAUACACUUUACAACCAUCACCAUUAUCGCUUCCUCAUCAUCAUCCUUCAGCAAUCCCUAUCAUGAGUCCCAGUGGGCAUCCUUCACCAUCUUAUGUUCAACAACGACAUUCGACAGCGGAUCAACGGGAACAGGCAAGAAAAAUAUCACAUAGUGCUAUUGAACGACGCCGGCGGGAACGGAUCAACGAUAAGAUCAUGCAAUUGAAACAGAUCAUACCUUCAUGUGCGGAUCAAGAGAAUUUACACAAAAUGUCCAUUUUACAAAGUGCCAUUGAUUAUAUUCAAUAUUUAAAAAGAUUAGUGGACGAACAACAACAUAUAUCAACAUCCUCUUCAUCCUCUUCUUCUUCUUCUAAUAUGAACACUACUCAAGUCAUUUCAAGUCCACCUACCCCUUCACCUGCUCAAGAAGAUACCUCGACUAUGGAACCUCUCAAACCUAUUGAUGUCAUGAAAAACAAUCUUCCCUUCCAUCCUUCUUCCCCUCCUUUGACUAGAAAUCCUUCUGAUCCAUCCUUACAUUCUUUAUCAUCAUCAUCACCUUUGGAAAAAAAUGUGCAUAUGAAAUUAGAUAAUUUACUAUCUUGAAUACUUCCCAUAUUUUUAUCUUUGUACAAUAGUAAUAAAAAAAAAAGCCCGUUUUGUAU